GAAACGAUACCGAGUGACCUAAAAUUGACCCCGUGACUCUCGAUAAAACCUCCGAGAUAUUGCCAGUCAACUUGAGACCGAGUAUACGACGCGUAUAAUAUGUCCAUCUCCGUUGCCGUUCAUCGAUUUGACUAGCAAGAAGAUUUGCAAGCAUCUCGAAUCCGCCGAUUUCUCAAAAUGUUAUUCUUACUAUUUACGGCGUGUCUCAUCGCCGUGACUCAGGCCGGAUGUCCCAUGCGACCGACGGUGGGACAAACUUCCGCAAAUAGAACACAAGGCGAUGGUGGUUAUAGGAUUCUUGUCAAAAACGAAUAUAUUCCCGAUACAAUCCAUAUAAUUAGUCUGCAAGGAUCACGAACGCACGAGAGAUUGCAACAAUUUACACGCUUCACUCUCACAGUGCACUCUUCAUACUUGCCGACUUCUUCGGCGCACGUCGGUUAUUUCCAGCUGUUUCCGGAUUCCUUGACCACCUUUGACGAGGACUGCGUUAACACGAUAUCCGAAACAACCGAUUUCCCGAAAUCGGAGAUUCAAGUGAUGUGGCGCGCACCGCCGACCGGUUCCGGAUGUGUUAUCUUUACCGCUAUGAUUUUGGAGAACAACGUACGAUGGUACGCUGAAGACGGUGCCCUUUCCAAGGUCGUUUGCGAGUCGACAGGCACGAAAGGUGAAAACGAGACUAGAUGCUGUGCCUGCGAUGAAGCCAAGUAUUCGAUAACUAUGGAGGGCAUCUGGUCAAACAGAACGCAUCCGAAAGAUUUCCCUUUUUCCACCUGGUUGACCCAUUUCAGUGACGUAAUCGGCGCAUCACACGAGCCAAAUUUCUCCUUCUGGGGCAGAGAUCACAUCGCGACAGAUGGCUUUCGACAACUGGCCGAGUGGGGCUCAGCGACAGGCGUCGAAGCAGAAUUACGAGAAAAUUCUAGAUAUCUCAGGACACUUAUUAAGGCUGCCGGUCUCUGGUUUCCUAAUGUCAAUUCCAAUACAACGACAAGUUUUACGGUGGAUCGAAAACAUAAUCUUCUCUCAGUGGCUUCUAUGUUAGGUCCGUCUCCUGAUUGGGUGGUAGGAGUGAGCAAACUUAAUCUUUGUCAGAAGGACUGCACGUGGACGAAAAGCAUGAUAAUCGAUUUAUAUCCUUGGGACGCCGGUACUGACAACGGCAUCAGUUACAUGUCGCCAAAUUCCGAGACGAAACCGCGCGAGAAGAUGAAGCCCAUAACGACUCUCUAUCCGGAAGACCCGCGAUCUCCGUUCUACGAUCCGUCUGGUAGACCGAUGCAUCCGUUAGCCCGACUGUACAUAAAUCGAGAAAAGAUCAUACCGCGCGGAUGUAGCGAGGAACUUUUACAGCAGCAAGUAGCUGAAUUGGAAGUGGCCGAGAACACCGAGGACACAUCAAGAUUCGAGUGCGAAACGACGGAUUACUCGCCAUGGUCCUCGUGUUCAGUGACCUGCGGCAAGGGCUUAAGAAUGCGCACAAGGUCGUACAGAAUGCCGCAAAAAGCCGCCAUGUUCAAUUGUAACAGACAACUGAUCUCGAAGGAGAUGUGCGUGGCGUCUAUCGCAGAGUGCUCGGGCGAGGAGGAAAGCGACGACGACGUAGUUUCGUCGCGAUUCGCGAGCAACCCACUUUGCGAGACCACCGAGUGGAGCGAGUGGUCCGAAUGUUCGAACACGUGCGGAAUAGGAAUGAAAACGCGCACGAGGAGAUUCCUCGAUCAUCGUGGCCGUAAAUGGUGCCCGUUAGUGUCGCUCGUCGAGAGGGAUAAGUGCAUGGGGCCGCCUUGCUCAACGGGAACGGAAGAGCAGAUCGAUCCUGUCUGCAAGGUCACGGAUUGGUCCGACUGGUCGCCGUGUAGCGCUUCCUGCGGCAAGGGUGUAAAAUUGAGGACGAGGUUGCUGAUGGUCGAUCCGUCUCUGCAGACGGAAUGCUCCUCGCGCGUGGAAUUGCUUCAGCAACGACCGUGCCUCGUCCAAGCUGACUGUACAUUUGACAUGGCAACGGCAAAAGUUGUAUGCAUGGAGGAAGCAGAUCCCGGCCCGUGCAGGGGCUACUUCCAGAGAUGGGCCUUCAAUCCGCAGAAAUUGAUGUGCGUGCCCUUCGCGUACGGCGGAUGUCGCGGCAACCGAAAUAAUUUCCUAACUGCGGAUGAAUGCGGCAACACGUGUGGCAUCGUACGAGCUGCUCUAACCGGUCAGUCUUUUAACGAAACCGUAAACCGAGAUCAAGUACCCAGCGAAUCGCUUAAUCCGCCUCCCGCUCGCCCCAUGCAUUGUGUGGUGACGCGUUGGUCACUUUGGUCACCGUGUAGUGUUACUUGCGGCGUCGGUUAUUCAACGAGUCAGCGUGUCAUCGAGCGAGAAGCUGCAAAUGGCGGCCGUCCUUGCCCGAAAAAAUUACAUCGUCGUCAUCGCUGCGAGCUCGCACCUUGUGAAGAAAUAUAAGUUGAAAAGAAACUUUAUAUAUUCAAUGGCAUUUAAUUUAGCAUAUAGCAAAUAUAUUUUAAGAAUUUUAUAUAAGGACAAAGAAUCUAUUGACGAGAUCAUUUUAUUUCUAUCUAUAGAAAAACAGAGAUAAAUCUCGGUAAAAAAGUUUUUAAUUUUAGAACAUAUGACCUAUGCCAUAUUAAUACGAGUGCAUGAAUGGAUCGUUGUGAUCUGCUUGCAAUUUGAUUAUUUCAUGUUUUCACAUUUUUGAUAUUUUUUUAUGACUACAUAGUAAAGAAAUAUAAUUUGUAAAAAAAAUUGAAUUAUAAAAUCAUUGAAUCUUUUCGAUUAUCGAUAAUCAAAUAUCGUUUAUAACAAUAUUAUAUGAUCUACUGAUUCACAUUGAACAUUCCAUAAUUAAUAUUAAUCAAUAUUUUUGUAGACUAUCAAUGUUAUAUUAUUGUGUUACGGUUCCAUUUACUGCCGGUGUGUACUGCCAUUUUUAAAUUAAUCGCGUUAUUAAAUUACAUUAUGUUGCAUUUUAUAUUACAUUUUAUACUACAAAAUGUUAGGUCCAAAAUAAACGAAUUAUCAGAAUAAAUGAUAUUUUAUUAAUGGUCA